AUUCUUUAGGAGUUCAAAAGUACAAAGCUGUGUGGGAAGCUUGCUCUUUUUAAAUAUUUUUUCAGAGGUUAAAAAUUAAAUUUCAAAAGACUUCCUGGGAUAGACAGUCUUCUGCAGAGACACACACUCGUAACACCCCCAACAUGAAGCGUGUUCACGUUGUUUUGUUAUUUCUGUGCUUCUCCUUAAGUUCCUGUGAGGGUAGAGAUGGAAAACACCGGAAAAACCAGCUGACAAAGAAACACGAGCUCCCUUCAGCACCAGCUGUCACUCAGGAGAACCUGGUGGAUGAAAAGUGUCUACUGAACAAAUUCACACAUCGCUCCUGCAGCAAAGUCUUCUGCCAGCCCUGGGAGAGGUGUGUGGAUGGGACCUGUACCUGCAAACUCCCCUAUCAGUGCCCCAAGAAUGGCACCCCUGUGUGCUCAACCAAUGGGAGAAGCUACCCAACUUACUGCCAUCAAAAGAGUUUUGAAUGUCUUCGUCCAGGGACUAAGUUUUUAAAUAACGGAACAUGCACCACUAAAGGAGGAUUUAGUGUUACCUUAAAUUAUGGAAAUGUAGAUUCAGGGGGAAUUGUUAAAGUAAAACUUGUGGGCCAAGACAAGGAAAUGUUCAUCUGUAAAAACAGCUGGGGCAUGGUGGAAGCCAACGUGGCCUGCUUUGACCUCGGCUUUCCACAAGGUGCUCUUCAUACUCAAGCAAGGUUUUAUUAUCCUGAAGAUCUCCGUAUGAACUCCACAGAAUGCUUGCAAGUGCACUGUCGGGGAUUUGAGACCACUUUGGCUGAGUGCACUUUUUCCAAGAGAAGAGUUCUGGGUUACCAGGAUUUAGCCAGUGUGCUGUGUUACACACCAGACGCAGAUCUCCUGCCAAGGGAGCCCUUUCAGUGUGUGAAUGGGAAGCACAUUCCUCCAGAGAGAGCCUGCGACGGGGUCAAUGACUGCGGGGAUCAAAGUGAUGAGCUGUGCUGUAAAGGGUGCCAACACGGAAGCUUCCUCUGUAAGUCGGGUGUCUGCAUUCCAAACCAGCACAAAUGCAAUGGCGAGGUAGACUGCAUCACAGGCGAAGAUGAAGUUGGUUGUGAAGAGUCACAUGAUAGACGCAUCCAUGCCACCACCAGGUCCAGGACCUCCCAGGAUGGGCUCUUACGAACAGGAGCUGCACACCCUGAGGUUCAAGAAGAAAUAGAAAUUUUGACUGCAGAUAUGGACACAGAAAGAAAACGGAUAAAGUCCUUAUUACCUAAAAUAUCCUGUGGAGUUAAAAGACCUGUGCACACUCGGCGGAAGCGAAUUGUGGGAGGGAAGCCCGCACAAGCGGGCGACUUCCCAUGGCAGGUGGCAAUCAAGGAUGAGAAUAAAAUCAACUGUGGGGGAAUUUAUAUCGGUGGCUGCUGGGUUCUGACAGCUGCACACUGUGUCAGACCUAGUAAAGCUCACCAUUACCAAAUAUGGACAUCACUCAUAGACUGGAUAAAACCUAACUCUGAAGUAAUUGUUGAAAGAGUGGAAAGAGUUAUUGUCCACGAAGCCUACAACGGAACUACCUAUCAAAAUGACAUUGCUUUGAUUGAAAUGAAAAAACAUUUCAACCAGAAAGAAUGCAUGUUCUCUAAUUCCAUCCCUGCCUGUGUCCCCUGGUCUCCGUUUCUAUUCCAACCUAAGGACACUUGCAUCAUUUCCGGCUGGGGUCGAGAAAAAGGUAACCAAAAAGUCUAUUCACUUAGGUGGGGUGAAGUUAACCUACUAAGCAACUGUUCUCAGUUUUACCCAAAUCGCUUCUAUGAGAAAGAAAUGGUGUGUGCAGGCACAGCUGAUGGUUCCAUUGAUGCCUGUAAAGGGGACUCUGGGGGCCCCCUUGUCUGUGUGAAUGCCAACAAUGUGACUUACGUGUGGGGCAUUGUGAGUUGGGGUGAAAACUGUGGACAGCCAGAGUUCCCAGGCAUUUACACCAAAGUGGCCAAUUAUUUUGACUGGAUUAGCUACCAUGUGGGAAGGGCUCUUAUUUCUCAGUACAAUGUCUGAAAUUGUGAUCUUUCUACCAGAAGUUUCACUUUAAUUGAAGUGAAACUGUAAACUCUGCUUUCUUUCCAGAAAAAAAAUGAAACAAAUUUUACUAGGAACAGUGUUGUUAAAGUUCUCAUCAAAGUGUUUGCUGUAUCAAAAUUUUGCUGUGUAAUUCUCAAAUAAAUAUUUUGGUCAAACA